UUGGCAGAGGACACCAUCAAAGAAUAUCAUCUAAACAUGGACCAAGCUGCAGCAAUGUAUGACUGUGCAAACAUGUUUUCCACUGAUGAUACUGGUGGGAAUGUUGAAAUGGACAUUUCAUUGAUUCAUGGUGUAUUUGGUGCUGGUAAAAGCUAUCUUCUAGCUGUAAUGAUUGUAUAUCUGGUCAAGUUGUUCAACACUACUGAACACAAUCCAAAGAUACUAGUGUCGUCUACCACCAAUGUUGCUGUAGAUCGCAUACUGCUUGGGCUUCUAGACCUUGGGUUCGAAGAGUUUGUUCGUGUUGGUAGUGUUCGUAAGAUUGCCAAGAAACUUCUACCCUUCAGUAUGCAUGGUAGUGGUAGCAGCUCAGAAGAGAUCAAGGAAUUAAAAGCCAUGUUGAAAGAAGACAUCAAACCAUCUGAAAAAAUGCAUAUCAGAAAGAGUAUUGAACAACAAAGAAAAGGUGGCAACAAACAGAGGCUAACUGGGGUUCCUGUGGUGGGUGUGACCUGUGCAGCAAGUGUAUUUCCAUGCCUGGAAAAGACAAAGUUCCAUGUUUUGUUAUUAGAUGAAUGUAGUCAGAUGACAGAACCAGCAGCCCUUCUUCCUCUUGCCAGGUUUGGCUGCCAUAAGCUUGUUCUUGUUGGUGAUCCUAAGCAACUGAGUCCAACUAUACAGGGAUCCCAACCUGACCAUGACGCUGGACUUGAACAAACAAUGUUUGACCGGCUUGUUAAGAUGGGUUGUAAGACAACAUUACUCAGGACUCAGUAUCGAUGUCAUCCAGUCAUUAGUGCUGUGGCCAACAGACUUUUCUAUGGUGGUCGUCUCACAAAUGGAGUUUCAGAAGAGGAUAGAGCCCCAUUAGUUGAGUUUGCUCCAACUCUUUGCUUUUAUGAUGUGACAAAAGGGAAAGAGAAGUGUGGACAAGAUGGCAGUUACUACAAUGAAGAAGAGGCAAAGUUCAUUGUAUUUUUGAUUGAGUGUUUCCUGGAAUCAGGACUGGAGCCUGCACAAAUAGGUGUUAUUACAUUAUACAAAUCCCAACUGCGGACAAUCUCAUCCUACAUCACACAAAGCGAGAGAGCAUCAUUAAAGCAGCUUAAGUCAGUUCAGAUAUCCACUGUUGAUGCUUUCCAAGGAGGAGAAAAGGAUGUCAUACUCUUGUCAUGUGUGAGGACAGAUCAUGUUGGCUUCAUAGAUUGUGACAGACGCACUAAUGUGGCAUUAACAAGAGCAAAGAGACAUUUAUUGAUUGUUGGGAACCAGCGCAUGUUGUCUAGCAACAAAAUGUGGAGCAAUGUAAUACAACACUGUAAAGGCCAAGAGGGAGGUGUUGUUACAGCAAGUGACUUUCAACAAUCCUGGCAGGAUGGUACAACAGUCAAUAAGAAUGGUACCCAUGACAACAAAGCCAAACCAUGUGACCAGGCAAAAUCUUUAAUGUCAAAAGAAACUUAUGAAAAUAGGGUAAUGAAAGAAGAAUGCGAAACUGUCAGUCAAGCAGUUUUUGACAACUCUGAUCCUGUACUGGUAGUUGAUUACACUGAAAUCAAUGACUCACCUUUAAAUGAUGGUGGAUUGGUUGAUAGAGAUGAAUGUCUUCUUAUUAGUGACGAAGAAGAUUUUACUUUGAGUAAAUCCAGAGCAAUUAAUGAAGAGAAUAAUGAUGAUGAUGAUACGCAAGUAAAUGAUGUCAUCAUUAUGGAUGAGUUGUCUGAUGAUGGUGCUGGUCCAGGUAAAGAUUUUAACUUGAGUAAACCAACACCAAGUAAAGAAAAGGGCUAUGAUAAUGAGGAAUUGAAGGAAAUUAUUAUCGGUAAUGAAUCUGAAGAGCUGAGUUUGGAUGAAGAAUUUAUUCACAUGUCAAAAUCUUCAGAAAAUGGAAAAUAUGCUGGGAUAUCAAGUAAGUCAUCUGGUAAAGAACUAAGCCAUGAUAAUAUAGAAUCCAGUGACGAGUUUAAAGACAGCAAAGUGAACACUAUUCAUUGUGAUGAUGGAGAAUUGGACAUCAUGCAGGAUGAGAUGGUAGAUGUACUAUCAGAUGAACAGCUUACUAAUAGUCUCAAUGAAGAAUUCAUUCUUGGGAAACCACUUGAAGACAGCAAAGACAAUAGAAAAAUGGAUGAAGUGAAAAAUUAUAAAAAGCCUGACACACUUUCUGGCAAAGAUCAACUCGGUCAUUGUGAAAAAUCCACCACAAAUUUCUCACAAACAAACCCACAAUUUGGAAAUGGAGACUUGCAACAAUCAUAUUAUCAAGCUGAGGAAAAUUCUCUGGGUAUUUGCAGUGAAGAAUUCAGUUGUCAGACUGUAAAACCUGGACCAUGCAAGAGUGAUGCUACCUGGAAUUGUUCAUCAAAAAGUAUGUCAACAACAAGUGCUAAUUUUGAUUUGACAACUGAUAAUUCUAUGCAAGCUUGUCCAGGAACUGGUACGAAGGAACUUGGUAAAAAGGUAUUUACUGUCACAGACAACUUUGAUAGUGACGAGGACGACUUGCCAUUCUUUGAUAUUUUUUCAUCCAUGAAGUAAUCAAAUCAUAUUUCAUUGAAAAGUGCUUUUUUAAAAUUAUUAUUCUCAUUUGUGAACUUAUUGCUAAUAACAUUUUGAUGCUAAAGUAAUUAUAUUUUCCAAUUCAAAAUUGUAAAAAGUUUCAUACUGGAAAUGGCUAUUUUGAGGUUGUUUGAUAUAAAAAUUCCUAUUUAUGAAUUGUGUAUAGAAUUAUAAGAAGCUAAUGAACAUCCUUUUAUUGGAUCUUCGUCAGUAUAAAGUUUAUUUUGUAAAAUUUGAGAAUAUUUUAUUAAAACAAACACAUACAGA